AUGUCCCCCCAAAACACCUUCAACAUCAUCUUUUGUUUAUUCAUAUUCCCCACAAUAGCCACAGACAUCCACGACCUCCUUCCUGAUUACGGUUUUCCAAAGGGCAUCCUUCCCAACAACAUCGCCUCCUACACCAUCUCCCCAUCUGGUCACUUCACCGUCCAUCUCGAUUUCCCCUGUUACGUUCGCUUCUCCGAUCAAUUAGUCUACUACAAUACCCUCAUCACCGGAACCCUCACUUACGGUUCCGUUUCCGGCGUCUCGGGGAUCCAGGCCAAGAUGCUCUUCGUCUGGCUCCCUGUCACCGGGAUGGAAGUUGAUUCACGUUCUGGCAUGCUUGAAUUCUUCGUCGGAGCUUUGUCGAAGAAAUUACCGGCGAAUCAAUUUCAAAACGUGCCGGGGUGUUCUUCAAAGGCUGGUGCAUACUUUGUUGAUCUGAUUAUGUGA